GAGGUGAACGCCAGGCCCGCUGAGCCUCUGCAGAGCUGCCAGCCAUGCCCGGGAUCGUGGUGUUCCGGCGGCGCUGGUCUGUGGGCAGCGAUGACCUCGUCCUGCCAGCCGUCUUCCUCUUCCUUCUGCACACCACCUGGUUUGUGAUCCUGUCUGUGGUGCUCUUUGGCCUGGUCUACAACCCGCACGAGGCCUGCUCGCUGAACCUGGUGGACCACGGCCGUGGCUACCUGGGCAUCCUGCUGAGCUGCAUGAUCGCCGAGAUGGCCAUCAUCUGGCUGAGCAUGCGUGGGGGCAUUCUCUACACGGAGCCCCGCGACUCCAUGCAGUACGUGCUCUACGUGCGCCUGGCCAUCCUGGUGAUCGAGUUCAUCUACGCCAUUGUGGGCAUCGUCUGGCUCACUCAGUACUACACCUCCUGCAAUGACCUCACUGCCAAGAAUGUCACCCUCGGGAUGGUCGUCUGCAACUGGGUGGUCAUCCUCAGCGUCUGCAUCACCGUCCUCUGCGUCUUUGACCCCACGGGCCGUACCUUCGUCAAGCUGCGAGCCACCAAGAGGAGACAGCGCAACCUGCGGACCUACAACCUGCGGCACCGCUUAGAGGAGGGUCAGGCCACCAGCUGGUCACGCCGGCUCAAAGUAUUCCUCUGCUGCACACGGACCAAGGACUCCCAGUCAGAUGCCUACUCGGAAAUCGCCUACCUCUUUGCUGAGUUCUUCCGGGACCUCGACAUUGUGCCAUCUGACAUCAUCGCUGGCCUGGUGCUGCUCCGGCAGAGACAGCGGGCCAAACGCAACGCCGUUCUGGACGAGGCGAACAACGACAUCUUGGCCUUCCUGUCUGGGAUGCCCGUGACCAGAAACACCAAGUACCUCGACCUCAAAAAUUCGCAAGAGAUGCUCCGCUACAAGGAGGUCUGCUACUACAUGCUCUUCGCCCUGGCUGCCUACGGCUGGCCCAUGUACCUGAUGCGGAAGCCAGCCUGCGGCCUCUGCCAGCUGGCGCGCUCCUGCUCGUGCUGCCUGUGCCCCACGCGGCCCCGGUUCGCCCCCGGAGUCACCAUCGAGGAAGACAACUGCUGUGGCUGCAAUGCCAUCGCCAUUCGGCGCCACUUCCUGGAUGAGAACAUGACUGCGGUGGACAUUGUCUACACCUCCUGCCACGACGCGGUCUAUGAAACCCCCUUCUACGUGGCAGUGGACCACGACAAGAAGAAAGUGGUGAUCAGUAUCCGGGGAACCCUCUCCCCCAAGGACGCGCUGACUGACCUGACCGGCGAUGCUGAGCGCCUCCCCGUGGAGGGGCACCAUGGAACGUGGCUGGGACACAAGGGCAUGGUCCUCUCAGCUGAGUACAUCAAGAAGAAGCUGGAGCAGGAAAUGGUCCUGUCCCAGGCCUUCGGGCGGGAUCUGGGCCGCGGAACCAAACACUACGGCCUGAUUGUGGUGGGCCACUCCCUGGGCGCGGGGACCGCUGCCAUCCUCUCCUUCCUCCUGCGCCCCCAGUACCCGACCCUUAAGUGCUUCGCCUACUCCCCACCAGGGGGCCUGCUGAGUGAGGACGCGAUGGAGUACUCCAAGGAAUUUGUGACUGCUGUUGUCCUGGGCAAGGACCUAGUCCCCAGGAUCGGCCUCUCCCAGCUGGAGGGUUUCCGCAGACAACUCCUGGACGUCCUGCAGCGAAGCACCAAGCCCAAAUGGCGAAUCAUCGUGGGGGCCACCAAGUGCAUCCCCAAGUCGGAGCUGCCCGAAGAGGUGGAGGUGACCACUCUGGCCAGCACGCGGCUCUGGACGCAUCCCAGCGACCUGACCAUUGCCCUGUCUGCCAGCACCCCGCUCUACCCACCCGGCCGCAUCAUCCACGUGGUCCACAACCACCCCGCUGAGCAGUGCUGCUGCUGUGAACAGGAGGAUCCCACAUACUUUGCCAUCUGGGGCGACAACAAGGCCUUCAACGAGGUGAUCAUCUCACCAGCCAUGCUGCAUGAGCACCUCCCCUACGUGGUCAUGGAGGGGCUCAACAAGGUGCUGGAGAACUACAACAAGGGGAAGACGGCUCUGCUGUCUGCUGCCAAGGUCAUGGUGAGCCCCACGGAGGUGGACCUGACACCUGAGCUCAUCUUCCAGCAGCAGCCGCUGCCCACAGGGCCGCCCUUGCCUGCUGGCCUGGCCGUGGAGCUUCCGCCCCCAGACCGCCGCAACAGCAGCGUCAGGAGCAAGUCGCAGUCUGAGAUGAGCCUGGAGGGCUUCUCGGAGGGCCGGCUGUUGUCCCCUGUGGCCGCGGCAGCAGCGGCCCGCCAGGACCCCGUGGAGCUGCUGCUGCUGUCCACCCAGGAGCGGCUGGCAGCAGAGCUGCAGGCCCGGCGGGCGCCGCUGGCCACCAUGGAGAGCCUGUCGGACACGGAGUCACUGUACAGCUUCGACUCACGCCGCUCCUCCGGCUUCCGCAGCAUCCGCGGCUCACCCAGCCUGCACGCCGUGUUGGAGCGUGACGAGGGUCACCUCUUCUAUAUCGACCCCGCCAUCCCCGAGGAGAACCCCUCCCUGAGCUCGCGCACGGAGCUGCUGGCGGCAGACAGCCUCUCCAAACACUCGCAGGACACGCAGCCCCUGGAGGCGGCCCCGGGCAGCGGGGGCGCCUCACCCGAGCGGCCCCCCAGCGCAGCAGCCCAUGGCAAGGAGGAAGAUGGGGACGGCGGGGCAGCCCCCCACGGAGAGCUGGCAUUGCACAACGGGCGCCUGGGGGACUCGCCCAGCCCACAGGUGCUGGAGUUUGCUGAGUUCAUCGACAGCCUCUUCAACCUAGACAGCGAGAGCGGCUCCUUCCAGGACCUGUACUGCAUGGUGGUGCCCGAGAGCCCGACCAGCGACUACACCGAGGGCCCCAAGUCCCCCAGCCAGCAGGAGAUCCUGCUCCGAGCCCAGUUCGAGCCCAACCUGGUGCCCAAGCCUCCGCGGCUCUUUGCCGGCUCCGGCGACCCCUCCUCGGGCAUCUCGCUCUCACCCUCCUUCCCGCUCAGUUCCUCGGGUGAACUCAUGGACCUGACGCCCACGGGCCUCAGCAGCGAGGAGUGCCUGGCCGCCGACAAGAUCCGGACUUCUACCCCCACUGGCCGAGGGGCCAGCCCUGCCAAGCAGGAUGACCUGGUCAUCUCGGCACGCUAGCAACUAGGAGUGACUGCCAGCUGAGGCUCAGGCCGGAACAGGUGGCCCCGCGGGUACCUGGAGGCUGCCCCCAGGCUGGGCAGCUUUGAGGAGAGGCCCCUCGGGGCCAGUUUCGCCUCAGGCAUGGGGCAUUGCUGCUGAGCUGGGGGUCCGCAUCCCUACCUCAGCUUAGGACCCCCAGAGCCAAGGUGGGGGGACCUGAGUCCUCCAGACGGGGGUGAUGGGGAAGGGGACGGAGUGGGAGGAGCCUGGGGCAGCCUGCCAGGAUGGGAAGGGCAGAGCACUCGGCCCUCUCAGCCUGACUGCCCCCCACGGGGGCACCCUGGCACCCCUACUUCAGGACAGGCAGGGGGCAAGCUGACGCCCCAUCGCUGCCCUCCCGGGGCCAAGGUGGAAGGAGAGCAGCCCCUCCCCCCAUACUCUCAUCCAUCCUCCCGGCUGCCAUCUACCCUGGCCAUCCCCCAGAUCUGGAGCUUGCUG